CACCAUUUGGGUUGCAGGCAUACCACCAAAAACUAUUGGUGGCGUAUGAAUGUUGUGUAUUAAUGUUGCAUGAGGUAUAGGAGAACAGAAAAUGAUGUUGGACUUACUCAGGCUUGGGGUCUCUACGAUCAUGUAUUUAGACAUAUAGAUAAGCAGCUUUGGGCAUUGACAACCCUUGAUCUGCAUGCAAGAAUAAAUUAUUUUUACCAGUCAUAGCUUAUGCUGAGUGUAUUGCAAAUACUUAGUGCUUCUUAAAUAUGAUAAAACGAGUGUGUCUCACCCGAACUGCUAGAAUACAGAGAUUUGGAGCUUGCUAUUAUUGGAACUUAUCGAGCAGAUUCGCCUGUGGUAACUAUCCAAUCAUUUGCACCCCAAUUUACUGUAAUUACAUCCAAGCAACGUCCUCGCAAAUUGACGAUUAAUGGCAGUGAUGGGGAGGAUUAUGCUUUUUUGUUAAAAGGUCAUGGAGAUUUGCGCCAAGAUGAACGAGUCAUGCAGGUGGAAGUGUUUGAGUUCACUCUGCAAAGUACAUAAGGGAAUGACCUUGCUAUGGUACUUUGGUUAAAGAGUCGCACAUCUGAGGUCUGGUUAGAGAGGAGAACAAACUAUACCAGGAGUCUGGCUGUAAUGAGUAUGACAGUUACAUGUAGAUUACUUACUUGGGUUAGGAAAUCGACAUCCUAGUGAUCUCAUGUUGCAUCGAUAUAGCGGAAAAAUACUGCAUAUUGACUUUGGGGAUUGCUUUGAGGCCUCGAUGAAUCGACAAAAGUUCCCUGAGAAGGUACCUUUCCGCCUCACUAGAAUGCUUGUUAAGCCAAUGGAAGUCAACGGUAUUGAAGGAAAUUUUCGCUCCACUUGUGAAAAUGUAAUGCACGUUCUUCGGACGAAUAAAGACAGUGUAAUGACUAUGAUGGAGGCAUUUGUUCAUGAUCCACUAAUAAACUGGCGCCUUUUCAACUUCAAUGAAGUUCCUCAAAUGUGUACACUGCACACCCCUGCUGCAGUCAACAGUGAGGAAUUGCUUCAGGCUGUUGACCAACUUGGAGAUGCCAAUGAGGUUCUGAAUAAGCGUGUUGUGGUUGUAAUGGCUCGAAUGAGCAAUAAGCUCACCGGGAUUGACUUCACUACUUCCCCCUCCACCUAUCAGCUCUGCACAACAUGUGUUGGGCCAUAGCACCUUGAUUUCUGGAGAGAUCUGUGAAUCAUGUCAUGGUUUAUCAGACAAAUUACAAGUAUAAAAGCUUAUUCUACAAUCAACAUCACAUGAAAACUUGUGCCAGAAUCAUGUCGGGUGGUGUCCAGUUUGGUAGGUGGUCUGGAGAAGUGUAGGUAUCUGCCUGUCUUUGUGUGUAUUAUUAUUAAAUACUAAGUACUACGUAAAGUAAAUCAAUACUCUGCAACUGUUGUACUAGAUUGAGAAUAUGUUUUCCUAUGCAGAAACUUUGUGAGAAUUGAUAAAGAUAUUAUGUAAGGGUGGUGUAAGUCUUGUAAAUAAGUGUCUCUCUACUCUUCCCAAUGUCAACUAGAAUCUCAUAGUUCACACAGCAUAUAUAGAUUAUUUUGUUUUCUUGUGAUGUUUCCCCCUUUGUUUAUACGGGAUUCCAGGGCUUUUCACCAUUCUAAAUAAGAUGCGAUCUAACUGGAUUGGUUGUAGAGGACA